AUGUUUAACUCUCAGUCCAAGCCCGAGCUGAAUCGGUAUAUUCUGGACUUCUUUCGGAAGUGCAAUCUGUCGGGGACAGCGGAGUCGUUUGAGAAGGAGUCUGAUGUUGAGGUCGAGGAGGUGGUGGACACGCCGCAGGGGUUUUUGUAUGAGUGGUGGCAGGUGUUCUGGGACAUUUUCAACACGACCACCAAUCGGGGUGGUUCCGAGACGGCGCAGUCGUAUUUCAAGCUCGUGUUGCAGCAACAGAGGCAGGAACACAUAUAUAGGAGUUUAGCGAUCCAUGCGGCAAGGAUGCAGCACAUAGCAGAACAGCGCGGCGAUUACGACAACGAGGAGACUGACCCGAUGCUGUUUGCCAUGAUGCUCGCGAAUAUGAACUCGAACCCGCAGCGGGAAGCGACUCAGUCAUCACCAUCAAAGCAGCAACAGCAGCAGCAGCAGCAGCAAAAUACACAACCACAACCACAGCCACAAUCACAAUCACAAUCACAACAAUUCCAGUACCAAAAACAACAACAGGCUAUGCCUUUGGACUAUAACCAGAUGAUGAUGAUGACUAUGAUGAUGCCCGAGUAUGCGAAUAUGUUUAACCCUUCUGUUGCAAGUUCACAGGCACAACAGCCAUCUCCGAAUACGGAGAACCAGGACAGAAACUCUGCUGGCAAGAAUACACGCCCUGCUUCUCACAUCGACCCUUCUGCAUACCAAUACUCUAACGACACUAACUCGCCUAACAUGGCUUCUCCUUGUAACACUACACACAAAAGCAGCAUAGAUAGCAUCUCUAGGACCGAGGCUGGAACCGCAACCGUUACUGCUACUCCUGCGACACUGAAAUCUAGCGAUCCACGGCCGUCUUCCAAUGUUAAAGAUGCACCAACUCCUCAGCACAUGGGAACUAAUGAAGCAGAACCAGCAAGGAGGCAGGACCCCGCAAUGUGGAACUCUAUGAACCCACAAAUGUAUAUGCCUUUCGCUCCUGGCAUGUUCAUGAUGAACCCACAACAGUUGCAAUUCUACAUGGAAAUGCAGAAACGCGCACAACUCUCACAAAACUUUGAUUUUACUAAGCAAGCACAUCUGAACGGCAGAAACCCAGCGUUUGGCAGCCCGGAACAGAUGAUGAUGGCACAGAUGAUGUCCUCCCCGAUGUUUGACAUGAGUAUGAUGAAUGGAUUCCAGAUGCCUCCAAUGAGCGCAAUGGGUCAAUUACCUAUGACAGGCCAAAUACCGAGUUGGUACAUGCAAGGCGCACCUUUCUUUAACGGCUCACCAACCAUGGAACAAUUCAACAGUAUGAUGCUCAAUGGAAAGACACCACAGGCCGCGAAUGCGUUCUCCUCGAUGGCUCAGACUAUGAAUAUGCAAAGUUCUCCUAGCCCCAAGAACAUGGGCAAGACGAAAAUGAAUAGAAAUAGUAGUAGUCCCGAGGAUGCUCCAACACCGCAACAGGGAAAGGCACAAACAUUGCAGAAAUCGCAAGUUCAACCGCAAUUAAAGAGGACGAGAUCUUCAAGUCAACGGAGCCCUGAUGUCCCAAUGGCAAAAGCUCGGGAAAUCUCAACUCAUGGAAGCCCCAACAUAGAUGAAGAUCACGCUUUGAGCAAAUACUCUAACAACUCGUUAUCAGAAGGGACGCCUGGCACUUCAAAGGUAGUUGGAACAAAUUCACCUGCUUACCAUGGCGCUUCAGAUAUUCAUUCUUCUACUAGCAGAGGUACCUCCCCAGACUCCAAUAAUGCCGCAACUCCUUUGACAGGGGCAUCAAGGUCUGCUAAAAGCUCUUCAGUUAGAUCGAAAUCAAAAACUCCUGCAACACAGCCACCAAAGAAGAAAAGAAAGCCAGCAUCUCAAGGAGUUACUACUCCUAAAACUAUGGUUGUUACUCCAGUGCUUACAUCCAGUGUAAAUCAAAAUGGUACUCCUGUACCUACUACUAUAGGAGAUGAGCAAGAUUUGAAAGAUGACAUGUACGAUCAUCCAUCUGUAGGGAACACAUCAAUUGCUUCAAAGAAAAGUACAAUUUCUCCAAGAGAUGAGAUGAGUUCGGAAAGUAAUCAAACUCCAUUAACGGGCUCUCUACCUACUCCAUUAGAAAGUGCUGGAGCCAUGAAGUUGAAGAGGCUGGCUAAGUCAGUUUCGGCCGGUGUUUCACCAAAUGUGAUGCAGUCACCAACUUCAAGAAGUGUAGCAAGUGAAACAAAUAGCCCAAGAUCUAGUCAGAACACAAGAAAAAUAUCCAGACGUAAAUCAACACCAAUGUUGCAUGAACAUGAAAGUUCAGAUCCUACAACUAUCAGAAAAGCUAUUUCAAACGUGUCCACUAGUUUUGCAGAGGAAAACCUAAAUCAUUUGACUCCACCAAAUAGCAUGAACUUUAAUGGUAUAAGUGUCAUGAAUUAUACUAACAAACCCGCAUUGUCUAGUCCACUUUCGACAGUUCCAGAGAGUUGCUUUGGAAAUGAUGAUCAUGAUGCUCCGCAAAAGGAUACAAAUACAGAUAACCAAGUAUCCAAAAUGAAAUCACAUUCGCAAACACCCUCAUCCUUCACCAAGUUCCAGGACAACAAUGCAGAUAAUGCCUUUGACUCUAAUAUCAAUUCACAUGCUUCUACUAACUCUAAUGAUCAUAUUCAAUCUCAAAUGUCACCAAUUGAUUUCAUCCCAAAGAAUGAUGGCUUCCAUGCGUCACCAGAUUCUAAUAAGCAUUACUCUAACAGUAACUCGCAUUCUGAUAUCAACUCGUUGGCUAACAAUGACUCUAAAAUUGAUUUUGGUGCCGAUUCGAACAGCCACAUGAGUAAUAGUAACGAUAGCUCUAAAAUUUCAAAUAACCUUUACAAAUUCUCUAAUCAAGAGGAUUUAUUGUUCUUUGAUAGUAUGUUCGGUGAUCCUGUAGUGUCUGGUGAGCAAGGCAGCCACAAUAGCAUGGGCUCACCUAGUAAAGAAGAAAAUGCACAUGGCCACAAUUUGGAAAAUCAUGAUGGUACUUCGGAUGCUAAUAUUCUUCUAGAAACUAAUGAUACAAAUUUUCAUUUCAUGGACUAA